AUGCCGACCGAGGAUAGCCAUGAUACUCAGCACCAUACCCUUCGCGGGGGUACCUCCCGAAGGAAACCUUCAGCAGAUACCAAUCUCCAAGCAGAAGUAAAGCUCCUCUGCGCCAGUGUUGCCAAGAUGUCAGAGAAGUACGAACAUCUUCAUACAAAUAAUGUUGAGCUGGAGCAUGAUUACCGCACGCUGAAUGCCCCAGUUCAGUCUGGGCUCAGCAAGGGUAAAAGCCUCCUCCAUUCGGAGACGACUAAGUCGCGGCUCCUUCACAUCUCCCCACCGAAGGACCGGCCCCAUGAACCAGUCAAGAUCUAUAGAGAUUGCAGGGACCGUGUCUUAGAUCGUCAGCCAGACCUUAUCCCUAUUCCUGUUAAUCUCAAAGACCCAAGGGUGGCACGCUUAGGUUCCCCAUGGAAGCCUACCCACCAACCCGCUGGAGAAGGUGCAGGGGACUCGGAUAAUUGGGAACCUUACCAUCCAGAAGACUGGGAGUCUUAUCACACUGAGGCGUUCAAAGAGUGGGAAACUUCCCCAACCCCUGCUCAUCCACACCCCAGGCCUUCAGCACCCGAGACCUUUCCUCAUGCCUACCUAGCCAUGAGGCUUCUCUUUGAGAAGGAGAAGGAUAUUAAGCCACUCUGUAUCGCCUUCUACACUGGCACGGAGGAUCCUCUCACCUAUAUCCACUCCUUCAAGUCUGCCUCCAGAUUCACGGGCCUUAGUGACGAAGGCAUUUUGAAACAGACAUUCCUAGACUAUUUCAUGAUCCAGACUGAUCGCCUGUACUCUGCAAAUGACUUGUACAUGCUUCGGCAAGGUGAGGAUGAACCCCUUCGAGAGUAUGCAACCCGCUUCAGCCACGAGUACUCUCAUUGCCCAGAGACUGACGAUCGCGCUACCUUCGGUGCUUUCAAGAGUGGCCUCCGCGAGUCCAACUUCGGGUACAUGGUCCACAACAACCCUUGGAACACAUAUGCAGAGCUCAUGAAGCAGGCAACCGUUCACGCCAAGGACGAGUAUUGCAACUCCAAGCUUGGCCCAGCCACCUCUGCAUGCAGCACCUUUGGUGAUCUUCCACCUGCUUCAGUACCUACCCCAGCAUAUGGAGUAGUUUGGGAAGCAUUUAAAAGGGAGAAAACAAUGAGAUGCUAUAACAUUUUAAUGAGUGGCAUGAAUGUUGAAAAGGGACAAUAG